UUUUUUUAUGCUAAUGAUAAAAUAAUACGCAGCUGUAUGCAGCACCAGUAGUAAGGCAUGCGCAGUGUGUAAAAAGACAGCAGUGUAGAUUCAAAGUUUUGUUCGGUUUCCCUUUAAUCAUCAUGUUUGGUUUCCACAAGUCAAAAAUAUAUCGCAGCCAUGAAGGAUGUUGCAUAUGCAAGACCAAGUCCUCCAGUUCACGCUUUACAGACAGUGGCCGAUAUGAAGAAACAUUCAGGCUAUGUUUUGGGUUGUCAGAGGAUCGUGUAGGAGACAUCUGCAAUGCCUGUGUGUUGUUGGUAAAAAGAUGGAAAAAACUGCCAAAGGGCUCCAAGAAGAACUGGAACCAUGUUGUAGAUGCUCGAGCUGGGCCUGGCUUCAAGCUAACCAAACCGAAGAAGAUGAAGAACAGUGACGGGAAUAAAAAAAGAAAGCUAAAGAGGCUGCACAAGUUAAAACGACAAAACUCUGAUGCCCACAGCACCACCUCCAGCAUGUCUCCAUGCCAGUCGCCAAGCUAUGAGUCAGAUGACGGCUCAGACAUUGAGACCAAACAGAGGCGCCCCACCCCUUCUGUCUUUUCCUUCCUUGACCUGUCUUACUGGAAAAGGCAAAAGGUGUGCUGUGGAAUUGUCUACAAAGGGCGUUUUGGUGAGGUGAUGAUUGACCCACGUCUCUUCAAGCCCUGCUGCAGCUCCAAGAAGCAGGAGGCUUUGGUUCCAAUGCAGGACACGCAUCUUCCCCCUCCUCCGCUCCCAGAGGCCCUGAAAGAGGGCUGGUGAUGCUCUACUGCACCCCCUGGGGGUGUCCACCCUACACGUUGUCUCCAGUGGCAGACUCCCCCAAAACCAUUAGUUCACUGUGUAUUUAGUCAGCUAAAUGAUUUUCCUAUUUUUUUUUUCUUUUGAAAUUGGUAUUUUAAUUUUAAUAUGAUGCAUUUUCUUUUUUUUCUUUUUUAAGAAAACAAAAAUAACAAAAAACCUUUUUUAUAUAUGCACGCAUUAGUGUACUAUUUAUAGGAUGAGGAGGCAGAAUUAUAUUUGGCCUUCAAAGGCACACUAUCCAGGUCUUGUUGCAGCAUUUAAAAUGUAUUUUCUGUGUUACUAGCAUUUGUAUAUAUUAUGUUCCUUAUUUCAGCAUAUCAGGUUUUUUUUUUUACUGUCUAAUUGGUGAAAUAAUAUUUGUGCUCAUAUGCAAGACUCAGCCAGCUAGAUUUCUAAAGGAAGCUAAUUUGCAUUGAUGGACUGACCGUUGUAGGGGUUUUCAUAUACUUGUUUUUCCCUGACACUCAUGGAGCUGAAUUAGAUUUCUAGCAUCUUAAUAUAUAAAGGGCGAUAAGAGUGUUGGGGGGUGUUGAUAAAAUUCAUACAGUAAGAAAUGGCCUUUCACCGGGCCUUUUUCUAAGCAUACACAUGCAUUGUCUCACUCUUUCCCUCAAAUUCAUGGUUUGACAAGCACUGGGUAGUUUGUAUUCUUUUUUUUAAAUUUUUAGUUUUUUUACACAUUGUCAGAUUUGUAAACACUCCCUACCAUGAAUUUACUAAUUGCUUUUCAGCAAUUUCAUGCAAGUGAAUCACAAUGGAUUGAGUUGAACUCAUCUUUGUCUUGGAGUGAAAUCCAGUUAUUUAUUUGUCAUUUGUAAAGUCUUCCAUGAAAUGAAAAUGCACAUUAUAUAAGCAUAAUGUUUAAGUGGUCUUGUGUAUACACGUGUUUUGUCCUUUUGGCCAUAAUAACUGUUUUAAAUGACAGGAUUGACAACCUAUCUUUUUAAACCACUACAUGUGUACAGAUGCUUAGUUUUUCUUAGAUUUGUGAGGCAUUAUUUUUACGGCAUCUCUUGUAACUUCUUCAGUGGCAGUCUUCGAGACUGUUUACAUGGACAGCCCCAUUCAGAUAUUUUCCCAAAUUAUUGCAAGCUUUUUUGGCUUGUUUAGUAAGGCACAAUGCAUGAAAUGAAUUUGCAAGCGGUUAUGAAAAUGUGAAAUGUUGGACAAAACACUAGUGUUUUGUGCCUGCUGUGUUUCCUAAGAGAUUUAGGCAAAAUCAAUACUUUACACGGAUUUGUCGGCAUCAACGCUUUAUUCAAUAUUCAGUUAUUUUUAUUUAAAUCUUUGAAGGAGGCAAUUCUAUGCAGAGACUAUGCAGGAAAUUUGAAUGUGAGAAAUUGGUAAAAUGUUCAUGUUUGUCAGCCUAUUGUUUUUCACAAUUUCACAUAUUUGAUGUUUGUCAGUCAUAAUGUAACAUUGCCUCAAGACAAAGUUGCAGUAUGAUUAUUAUUUUUCUUCAGGUUAAACAAGAAAUGUGUAACUCUGAUAAAUAAUGGUCAGA